AGCUCUGGGUUCUUAUAAACAGAAAUCGAACUCUCUUUUUUCAAUUAGCAACGUUCAAAGGAAACAAAUCCAGAAAGCAAAGCCAAGUGCAGAAUCUGCAGAUCAAAAGCAAGAAAUUUUGACUCAUCAAAAAGCCGUCCAAAUUCUGCAGAUGGCAUCGCGUACUGUCAGUUUGAUUCAAGAUCAGAAUCUAAAUGUUCAGUUUAAUGGCAAGGCUAAUAUCUCUAAAGCACUGAGAAAAGCCAGUACUGGUGGAAGAAAACCACUUGGUGAUCUAUCAAAUUCAGUGAACCCAACCGCAAAGCAGAUAUCUAAAAAGGAGAAUUCCAAGAUCAUUACUUUCACUGAGAAAGAAACAGUUGCCUUUAAACUCCCAAAUGAUUCAAGCAGGAAAAAGAGUGUCCCUAAGGCCUCAGAGAAAGUUCAAGCUAGUGGCAGGAAAGCUCUCUCUGACAUUUCUAACUCAGGCAAGCCUCACUUGCAAGGAACAUCAAAGAACCAAACUGCAAAGCUAUGUAUUCCAGAAGAUAUUUCAGAGGAAGGGUUUCUGCACAAUCAUGAAGAAUGCAUCAAAGCACAGAAAAGAGCUAUAAGCACUAAUGAAUUUUUGCGGAUCCUCGGAUUAGAUGAUUUCUGCAAACAUUCUGCAUCUGCAAAGCAACAUUCAUUGUCAAACAAAAUGGAGCCUACAAGUCCUUCAAGGUAUGCCAAAAUGAACGAGAUAACUGCAAUGCUGAUUGAAGAACUAUCUCCUCCAAAGCAUAAGUUGUCUAGGAAACUCGACUCUUGCCCAGCUAGUCCAGAGGCACCGGAUCAUUAUAUGCAGUGGGAUGAUCCUAAGUACAUUCCCAGUUUUAAGUUGAUAGAAUCACCAUAAUGGUGAAAAAGCAUUGACUUCAAGUUUCAAGGCCUGGUUGUCUUCUAGCUGGCACCAUAUAUUAGCAGGAAUCCAUGUAUUAGAAAGAAAUUCUUUUAUUGUACUUGACUGCGGUUAUUUUUGGUAGUAGGAAAACUGUAAACAUGUUGCAACUUAUGUUGCAUUCAAGUUUGAGGUGAAAUGAAAGCCUGGUUGAAUGGUGUGUCA